AUGUCUCGACUCUCUCGCAUAAGGGGCCCCCGUCCUCUAUACAUAUGCGCCGCUACAAUCGCAGGCGGAGCAGCGUACCGCUUCCUCCAGCCCGAGUCCUCCAACGCGUCGCUACACCCGCACGACUUCGCACCAUACAUCCUUGUCGACAAACAACCCGUCUCCUCCACAAGCGCGAUAUUUACGCUACACGACGGCUUCGGUGUGCCAGAGCCAGACAGUGUCACAGAAGCUCGGAAACGUGGCGUAUGGAGUGUGCAGGCAAAGCAGCCGCAGCUCCAGAUCGCAAGGGCAUAUACUCCGCUCCCGAGCAUUUCAGACGAGGCGGACGAAGUUGACGGGCACAAUUUGCGGUUUCUGAUACGGAAAGAGACUGGCGGGGAGAUGUCCAACUACCUGCAUCGGCUUCCGGAAGGGUCGACGAUCGAGCUUCGAGGGCCUACAGUAGAGUACAAGCUGCCUCAGGAUGUCAAAGAGGUCAUCUUUCUAGCUGGUGGCACAGGUAUAGCCCCUGCGAUGCAAAUCGCACAGGCUUUGCAGAGGUCGCCAGGGAGCACAAUGCAUCUGCUGUGGGCGAAUAGACGAAGAGAGGAAUGCGAAGGUGGGCUUAAUGAUGCGACGGUAAAUACAAGUGGGCAGCAGUCUUCAUGGUGGAAAGGCUUACUCGGUCUGGAACGAACCGCUGCGCAGAAGCUACCUGUAGGUACGCCGAAGACUGCCAACAAGGGUUUGAUCGUGCAAGAAAUAGAAGCUCUCAAAGAACGAAGUCGAGCCGCAACCGGGGAACUGAACGUACAGUACUACGUCGACGAAGAGAAAUCUUUCAUCAAGCCUGGCGAUUUGGCAAGGCAAAUGCAUACCGAACCAGUAGAUGGGGCCGGCUCGCGCCUGAUCCUCAUCUCCGGACCAGACGGCUUUAUCGAGUACUGGGCGGGCAAAAAGCUCUGGGUGGAUGGACGAGAAGUGCAGGGUCGGCUCGGAGGAAUGUUGGCCAAGAUGGACUUGAAGGACUGGAAAGUCUUUAAACUUUGA